AUGGCUAACAGCAACAACGACGUAGCUACCGCUAUUCGCCUCUUGACGGAAAAACUGACUCAGGAGAGAGCUGAGCGUCCCGAUACUGCUAGGGACAUAUAUGAGAGGUUAGCUAAGGUUAAGCCACCAUACUAUAAAGGGAAAAUUGAUCCUACCUUCUUAGAAAACUGGAUUAGGGAAUUUGAGAAAAUCUUUGGGGCAGUGAAUUGUCCUGAGGGAAUGAGAGUGGAAAAUGGAGAUAGACUGAGUGAUAUGGAAGGAUUCACUUGGGAUGCUUUUGUUAUUGCCUUAAGGGGGAAGUUUUACCUUGUGUUUAUGAGGAAACAGAAGGCCCAGGAGUUCAUUAACCUUAGGAUGGGUAGUAUGACCAUCUCUGAGUAUUACAGUAAGUUUAUAGCACUGUCGAGGUUUGCACAUGAGGUUAUAGCUACUGAGGAGUUGAAGGCUCAGAUGUUUGAGCAAGGGUAG